GAGGGAGGAAAAAAAGAAAAAAACAUAACAAGCGAGACCAUAGCAAAACCUCCUCGAGACAAGGAGUGAGAGAGAAGAAGAUAAGGCAGGCGGGCGAUGGCUUCUUGCAGCAAAGCUCUCUUUUCUUCAAAAUUAGAUAUAUGCUCUCCUUUCUCUUCUCGUCCUCCUCUUUCACUCCUCCCCAACUUUUCUCCUUCUUUUUCUUCAACUACUUUCUUUGCAUUCGGUCAGUUAAAAGAAAUAAGUCUAAGAUACUCCUCUGAUCUACAACCCUCCACCCCAAUCAUCAACAAAGCACAGACACAGCCAAGAAGGCACAUUUGCAGAGCAGCUGAAUACAAAUUCCCAGACCCAAUUCCCGAAUUCGCUGUUGCUGAGACAGAAAAGUUCAAGACCCAUCUGUCCAAAAAGCUUACCAAGAAAGAUAUUUACGGAGACUCGCUUGAAGAAGUUGUAGGAAUCUGCACUGAGAUAUUCAGUACCUUCUUGCAUGCAGAGUACGGUGGUCCUGGAACUCUGUUGGUCACACCUUUUAUUGAUAUGGCUGAUACUGUGAAUGAGCAGGGGUUACCUGGAGGACCUGAAGCUGCACGUGUAGCUGUCAAAUGGGCCCAAGCUCAUGUUGACAAUGACUGGAAAGAAUGGACUGGUGGUGACAGUAAUUAACAGAAUGGUUACCAAACUCAAUUCAAUUAGGUUUUUUGAUUGUCAACGUUGUUUGAAAGAGCUCAUUGAGCAGCCUGGAUCGUUAUCUCUGAACCUGUUGAGGUGAAGCAUGACCAUGUUUUGUAGGAGAGCAGAUUAGUGGGAUGAUUUUGUGUUGUCAAUGUAGGGAAUAAGCAUCAUGUGCAGGGCCUUUUAUUAGAAGAAACUAAUUGGAGCUUCUAAAUUUUUGUAGGAUUGUUGGAAGAUGACUAUCCCAUCAUCUUCUGCUUCACAGUUCUCAUUUCAAGUGCAUUCAUUGUGCUGUUUUCCCCUCAGAAUAUCAAAACCUGUGUUUAUUUCGCAACUCAA